AAAUUCCGCUCCCCUCCCCUCCGUUCCCCACUCGACUCCACCCUAAUGGCGUCGCAGGCGCCGCCCUUCCCCGGCGCCACUCCGACGCCGUCCUCCCCUGAUGCCCCGGCGGCGCCGCCCUGCAGCCCCGACGCCUCGCCGACGGUGGAGGCGCAGGCGGCCCUCCCGGACCACCUGACGGAGGAGAUCCUCCUCCGCGUCCCGACGGCCGCCGACCUGGCCCGCGCCUCCAUGGCCGGCCCCUCCCUCCGCCGCAUCAUCACCGACCACUCCUUCCUCCGUCGCUUCCGCACCCUCCACCCGCCGCCUCUCCUGGGUAUACUCUCCGACCCCUUCCUCCCAGCCCAGCCGCCCCACCCCUCCGCCGCCGCCGCCCGAACCCUCGCCGGCACCGACUUCUCCUGCUCCUUCCUCCCCUCCCGCGAGCAGCCCUGGCGUCGCUGCGACUUCUGGGACGGCCGCGCCCUCCUAUGCGUCGCCCCCGACGCCUGCGACCUGAUGAGGGACGUCGCCGUGUGCGAUCCGCUGCACCGGCGCUACCUUCUGCUGCCUCCGGUCCCCCAGGACCUGUCCAAUCUAGUCUAUCACUGGGAGCUUUUUCUUGCUCCUGCCGGCGGAGACGAGAGCGCCGACAUUGCUGCGGACACUCCCUUCAGAUUCAGGGUCAUGUGCUUGGCCGAAUACCAGACCCACUUGGUCCUAUUCAUCUUCUCUUCGUCGGGUCCCCGUGCCGGACAAUGGCACACUGUCGCAUUUGAUGGCUGGACCGCUCUUGUCGCAGGGAUCACUGACCAUGCGUUCGGAAGGCGCCACUACGCGCACGGAUGCUUCUGCUGGGCGAUACGUGGGAUCAACAAAUUGCUCUUGCUCGACACUGGUACCAUGGAGUUCUCAUCCGUCCACCUUCAGCCUGGUCUCAGUGAUCGCCUGGUUGCCUUUGUGGCAGCAAGGGAAGGGAGGCUUGGGAUGCUUGCUCUCAGCCACAAUCCCCUAUACGACUCAUAUCACCUCUGGUAUAAGGUUUUGUUUGGCACCGGGGAUGGCCCAAGGCAGUGGCAAACCGAGGAUGUAGUCCGACUGCCCCACGAUUAUAGCUAUUGCAUCCUUGGUGUAGCAGGGGGAUACUUACUCCUAUAUGGGAUUCCAGACGAUGACCCGGACUCGUUCGAAAUGCCAGAACCCAACUGCUUUUCACUGAAUCUCCAGACUAUGAAGGUUGAGCAGUUUUGUGCGAGUGAGCCCAUAACGCCAUUGAAGAGCCAUCUACUGUGUGCGGGUUUCCCGCCAUCCUUGUCUCCACCAACUAUUUGAAGGGGGCUGGCUGCUGGUGCUGAUCAUAGCUUCUGCCCGUGUCUGGCUUGUUGACUCGAGUCUCGCCUCCAGUCCUUUUGAUGGCGUACAUAUAUGUCCUCUCCUCAAAGCCCACAUGCGUGCAUCUUGAGUAUUUUCAUAUUAGAUUGGUCGUCCACCAGCUGACCUGCCUCUUAUAUAAGUAUUAGAUUAGGUGGGGUCUGCGGACUGCAGCCUCUCUAGCUACUGUUAAUUUGCAUGUUUUCUUCCAUGUAGUCUCUCUUCCUUGCUGUUGUUAUUUGGGCAUUUGUAAACCGCUAGCAGUGCCAAGUCCAGUAACUGAUGGAGUACCUAGUAGUAGUCGUCGUAGUAGUAGUAGUAUGUAUGAACACCGUGUUCAUCCUUGCAUGGUGCGUACGGGUAAGUGCCCCGCCGUUAAGUUGGAUGUUUCAUUUAAUAUUAACGCUUAGUAAUCUACAUGCACUCCUGGAUCACAUCAGGGUUCCUUCA